GUCUCAACGAGUCAUUUCACGAUCCUAACUAAGUACUCACCUCAUUGCUUACCAAACUUAUUCCUCUAUCCUAAUUUCCUCCCCCCUUCUCAUAUUUCCCUUAUAACAAUCCGACAUAUAAGUCAGACAAUCACUCAUAACCUAGGUACUUACUUGGUAAUUAUGUCCUUCUACCUCCUCCUCUACAACACCCUCUCCCUACUGUCGUGGACCUACCAAACCCUCGCCAUCCUCGCACACGCCUCUCAAUCCGCCGCGCUUCGAAAUGACAUAUUUAAGCUCGUGACGCCUGUGCAAAGCGUCGCGGCCCUCGACGUUGUACAUGCUGCGCUGGGACUCGUGAAGGCUUCGCCUCGGACCGCGGCGCUCCAGGUCGGCGGACGGAAUCUGGUCGUCUGGACUGUUAUGAGGGCUUUCCCGGAUCUUAUUCUCGGGGAUGAGAGGAAGGGCGGAGGUUUUGGGCGAUUCGCGUUUGUGGCGUGUUUGAUGGCCUGGGGAGUCGCGGAUGUGUUGCGCUUUACGCUGUUUGUGGGGAAUGGAUUGGGUUGGAGGGUGGAGGGGUUGAGAUGGUUGAGGUAUUCCGCUUUCAUAAUCCUCUACCCCGUAGGGUUCUUGAGCGAGGCCGCGCUCGUGUACCUUGGUCUUGUCGAGGGAGAAGGUAUCGGGCCGAUUUAUAGGGGAUAUUUGUUUCUGGGGUUGCUGUCGUAUAUACCAGCGAGCUAUGUCUUGUACACGCAUAUGUUUGCGCAGAGACGUCGGGCUCUGGCUCAGGCUGGGCGCGCCAAAGGGACGUGAUGGUCGUAGUGAGGUCUUCAAGGAAGUGUGCGUGGCAGAAAAUUGAUUUGGUAUCUUACCAUCCUGUUUACUUCACGUCUCCUGUGGCUAUCUAUGGUGCAGCCAGACAGCCGAAUCACGUGCGCCGUGACACAGGAGGUACCGAUUCGGAGCCAUUAAGUUUUGGCGAAGAAUGUCUCUGAUACCGGAAGGGCUGGCAAGGGGUAGCACUCUUCAAGCAUCUCAAUAGGGGGUGCAUCAAUGGCUCUCUGUCCAGUCGAGAUGUGCCUACGAAGGAGCUCCAUUUGCUCCGUCACGAGAUGGCUUCGCCGUGAUAGAGGCUGGGGAUGAAUAGGAAGGGACGAGAAGAACAAGAGCUAUGCACGUUUUUGAGAGACUAGCUCUUUACCAUCUAUCCAAAACCUACGAGACAGAUCAUCAAGCCCAGAGGCCCUAUAGUUUGUAGUGUAUUCCAGGCCUCAAGGAUUCUCCAGGUACCUACAUAGUAUAGCACACUUCUAGCCUUUAUAUCUAUCAAUUGCAAUACAUCCAUCGCCAACUG